CUGCUCGGGCACCAGAGGGCCUCUGAACCCAAAGGCAGCUUGAUGGAUGUCUGUAUCUGAGCACUGAAGACUGAGCCCACCCAUGGGACGGGGCUACUCCGGGGCAUCUGUGAGGCCUAUAAGAAUUCCUCCCAGUGAGCUAGCUUUUCGUUGGCAGACCAGUGAAGAUCCGAGACGGAGCAAGAAAGAGAAGAAAUAGCACUCCAUCUACGAUGGUAUCUUUAGGGCUGCAGAUCCUGGGCGUCGGACUGGCGGUGCUUGGAUGGAUUGGAAAUAUACUAAUCUGUAUGCUGCCCCUGUGGAAGGUGUCCGCUUUCAUUGGAAACAACAUCGUGGUGGCUCAGACCAUCUGGGAAGGACUGUGGAUGUCCUGCGUGGUGCAGAGCACCGGCCAGAUGCAGUGCAAGGUCUACGACUCCCUGCUGGCCCUGCCUACGGACCUCCAGGCCGGUCGGGCUAUGGCGGUCAUCGCCAUCCUGUUGUCACUGUUCGGCCUGCUGCUGUCUGUGGUGGGGGGGAAAUGCACCACAUGCAUCGGGGACCAGGUAGUGAAAGCCAGAGUGGCCAUCUCCGCAGGGGUUUUCUUCCUUUUGAGUGGGGCUCUGUGUUUGGUGACCGUGUCGCUGCCUGCCAAUACCAUCAUAAAGGACUUCUACAACCCCAUGGUCCCUGACUCCCAGAGGAGGGAGCUGGGUGCAUGUCUGUACGUCGGCUGGGGCGCGUCAGGGCUCCUGAUGAUCGGCGGCGCUCUUCUCUGCUGUCAGUGCCCGUCCGGAGGAGACCGCUACAGCGGAGCAAAGUACUCUGGCCCUAAAUCCACAACGCCGGGGAAGGAAUUUGUCUGAGUGACUUCAGAGAAAUCACUUUUUAAGCAGCAUCAGACUUUACAGACAACCGUUUGCUUAUUAAGUUGUUAUUUGUAUUGUGACUAAUAUUUUUAUACUAAGACAUAGUGGGCUGUAAUGUAUAUGCCAUGUUGAUGUAAUGCGGCAUGCAGUUCGGAUUGAAGCUUAACCAAUUUCUUAAAUGUUUUUUGUGUAUUCAUUUCAAUACUAAUUAUUAAUUCUGUCACUGCUUUUAUUCAUCUUAUUUACAACUAGCACUUAUGAAAGACCAUGUGUGUCUUUGUUGCAGAAUUAUUUGUAAUAUUUUCCAUUCAGAUAAUAAAGAUUCUUUAUCACAAUUGUUUUUAUCGCCAAUCUGAAGGCACAUAAAUGUUUGAUAAAUGAAGGAGCUUUAUGAUUAUUCAAUGCUAAAUUCUAGACAAAUGUCUACACUUAUUUACUACAGUAGUUCCUUUAAAGUUUAUUUUUACACAGUUUAUUUUUGAACUAUCUAGCUUAUUGUAUGUUGUAAAGCUAUUUGACUAAAUGAUAACUUUAUUUUGCUGCAGCUCAGCUGAAACAUGUAAUGUUUUUUAAAUUCACACAUCAAUCUAACAAGCUUAUAGCACUUCUAUGUUGUAUACUCUAAGUGUUUUUCUUAUUUUUCUCCUGUACAUUUCCUUCAAUUAAAACGGCUCUU